AAAAUAAAAUAAAUAUAACAAUCAUUUGCAUGUAAAAGGCUAUUUGCUGCGAGGUCUCUCUGUUCUUCGAUUUUAAAGAAGCAGACACAGCAUGCUUCUUUCUCUACAUCCCUUCUCUUCGACGAUACUCAGCUUCAGUUUAAGUGUUUCCCAAUUCGCACAAGAAAAUGUUGCUCCUCAUUCAUCGAAAAUAGAUCAUUCCAAUCAUUUCCCCAAGGAAGUUAACUUGUGGAAACUCGUGAGGGAUUUUAAUCUCCUUGGAAUUACUGAACCAGCUAUGGAAGAAAUUAGCUGUGCUUCAGGAUCUGUUGGGCUUUCCUAUGGUGCCCAUUGUAACCUCUGCAUUAAUCAGUUGGUGAGGAGUGGAAGUCCUGCUCAGAAACAGAAGUACUUGCCCAAGCUUAUUAGUGGGGAGCAUGUGGGAGCUCUUGUAACAAGUGAACCCAAUGCUGAUCGUGUAGAUGGGGGCUAUAUUCUAAAUGGGAACAAGAUGUGGUGCACAAAUGUGGUCCAGUUGCUCAGACAUUGGUUAUCUAUACGAAAACAGACAGCAAGGCUGGCUCAAAGCGGAUCACAGCAUUUAUCAUUGAGAAGGGAAUGCCUGGUUAAGUGGACUUAAUUUGCUUUUUAUUGAACAGGGCAGGCCAUAGAUCAAUUGUGGAAAAAUGAAGAGCUUUACAGAAGAAAUUUUCUUCAUUUAAGGUUAUAGCCAGUACAAGCAGCGGCUGCUGGUCCUUUUGGGGAUUAAUGAUGUAUACAUGCAUGUAUUCUUUGUUACAGAGCUGGUCAUAUAUAUAUACCCUCUAGCAUCGAGUUAGACAGCUAAAAAAGAGGACGUUCCAAAUUAUAGGCUAUUGUUUCAUUUUAUUACAAUUUUUUUAAGCAUUGGCAAAGCUAGCCUGUGGAAUGUGGAUACAUUCUAAAUAUUGGAAUGAGAACAUUUUAUUGGUUUUCAGUGAGGAAAGAUUUAUUUUGGACA